UCCUGAGCCUGCAGCUGGGGCUGGCUGUCAACUUGGGCCGAGGCAGCCCGGGCUGGAGGGGGCUUCGCGGGGAAGCCGGCAUCUGAUGUCUCAGUUCGCCAUGCCCCCCACAUCUGACGUGUUGAGUCAAGAUGAACUGCGAAAAAAGCUAUACCAGACGUUUAAGGAUCGGGGUAUACCGGACACGCUCAAGACACAACUCCGGAAGCAGCUGAUUCACGAAUUGAUGCACCCUGUCGUGAACGAAGAGGUGCAGCCCCAGUCCGUUCCAGUGGAAGGGAGUGCCCUCCUGAUAGGCACCUCUAACUCUCUGGUGGCAGAUCACUUGAAGAGAUGUGGCUAUGAGUAUUCGCUUUCUGUUUUCUUUCCGGAAACUGGUGUGGCCAAAGAAAAGGUAUUUACUAUGCAAGAUCUGUUAGAACUCCUCAAAAUCAACCCUGAAUCCGGUCUCUACAAAUCACUGAUGUCAGGAUUUGAUAACAAAAACAAAAAAGGUUUUCUCAUGGAGUUUUUAAAAGAAGUGGCAGAGUAUCAUCAGUCCAGAGCGAGCUGUGAUGUGGGAACUCAGACAAGUUCCACGUUGCCUGGCCAAGACUCACUUGUGGAGAAGCUUCAGCUUAUUGAUGAUCAGUUUGCAGGUGCUUACCCUCAGCGUCCAAAGUUAGAAUCCUUAGAAGUAAAGUUAAAUGAAUAUAAAAGAGAAAUAGAACAGCAGCUUCGGGCAGAAAUGUGUCAAAAGUUAAAGUAUUUUAAAGAUACUGAAGUAGCAAAAAUUAAGAUGGAAGAGAAAACAAAGUCUGAGAGGGAAUUGGCUGAGUUCCGGAACGAAUUGGAGAGAGCUUAUCGAGCAAAAUCUGACGCCCUUAUUUCUCGGGAGAAGUUGGCUUUUGAGAGAAUUCAGAAGCACCAAGAGAUUGAAACCAAGGAGAUUUAUGCUCAGAGACAACUUCUCCUCAAAGAUAUAGACCUGCUAAGAGGCAGAGAAGCAGAGCUGAAACAAAGAAUGGAAGCUUUUGAAUUGGCUCAGCGGCUACAAGAAGAAAAAAAUAAAAGAGCAACUGACGCCCUUAGGAAACGGGAGUUGAAUGUCCAGAAUAUCGAGGAGACCUAUGACCAAAAGCUCAAGAAUGAGCUGCUCAAGUAUCAACUUGAACUCCAGGACAACUAUAUUGCUAGAACUCACAGGCUGAUAGAAGAUGAAAGGAAGAAUAAAGAAAAAGCUAUACAUUUGCAAGAGGAGCUGACAGCUAUUAAUGCGAAAAAGGAAGAAUUUGGUCAUUCUGUAAAACGUGUCAAAGAGCUCGAGCUGGAGUUAGAGUCGGUCAGAACCCAGUCUUUGGCGAUAAGCAAGCAAAACCACCUGCUGAGAGAAAAGGUGAAAGAAAUGAGUGACUAUUCGCUACUGAAACAAGGGAAACAGGAGCUUCAGGCGCAAAAUAAAUUACUUAAACAACAGCUGGAAGAGACCAGAAGUGAGAACUUGCGUCUUCUAAACCACCUGGCUCAGCCUUCUCCAGAGCUGGUGGCUUUUCAGAAAGAACUAAAGAAAGCAGAGAACGCUAUCGUGUGUGAGCAUAAGGAGUUCGAGACCCACAGGCAGGCCCUGCAAAAGCAGCUGCAAAGUGAAAUUGAACGUUCUGCACAGCUGAAGGCCCAGAUCCUCGAUUACGAAGAUUCCGUAAAGAGAUUAACGAGAGAGGUGGCCGAUUUGAAAUUGCAACUGACACAAACCCAGACGGCCCUAGAGAACGAGGUGUACCGCAACCCAAAGAACUCUCUGCUCGAUCGGCCCAUCAGCGGAUUAAUGGGUGGCAACGUGGUGGUACCUCACAACGGUGACCUGAACGGGGAUUUCUUGAAAGAUGCUUUCGGACUGGAAGGGCUGAUGGCAGGCAUGCUUCUGUCGAGGAUCGCAAGUGACCCAAGUGCGAGCGCCAGGAGUAGUUCCCCCGAUUCUGACCUGGAGUUUGUAGCCAAGACCAAGGCAAGGGUGAAAGAGCUAGAGCAAGAGGCCGAACGUUUGGAGAAAGCUUUCCAAACUUACCAUCCAAGAGUUCAUCCACGCCCCACGGGAAGGUCUUCAGCCAAGAGCCCGCCACCCCUGCAUGCGACAGGAACGCUCAAAAAGACCACUUCCGGCUUCCCUGGAAGACGUACUUCCGCAGAGGACGCGGCUGUCCCUGAGCAGCCUCUGGCAGGCACACCCGAGGAGGACAGGAGCAGCGCUUCGGCUUCUGAGGCGCAGCCGCGCAAGGGCACGCCCUCCAGACGCCUCUCCUCCACUUCCCUGCCCAAGGCCAAGAGGAGCCUCCUUGCUAAAGUGUAUCUGGAAGGUGGGGACAGAUCCCGUGCUGCUGGCUGCAUUCCUGGUCCUGAGACAACGCCCCAGCCAUCACCCUCUGAGUCCGGGCACAGCCCUUCCCUCCACCUGCUGCCCAGCCCUCUGGAGCAGGCCAGUCUUCAUCAAAGACAGACAGAACUUGAAGAACAAGGAGAACUUUCAGAUCCCGACAAGCUACCUUUUACGGACAAUGAGGAAUUUGGAUCAUCUUUUGAAUAUGCAGGGAGCACGCCGAGGCAGUUUGAGGUGGACGGCCUCCAUCCUGCUGGCGACGUGCCUCACGUGGGUGCCACCGCCGCCGCGGUGUCUGCCGGACCUCUCGCUUGCUGCCACCCCAGUACUGUACGUUACAAUAAAUGGCUUCUUAAAUUACUAUUAAACGGUGGGGUUACGUUUUGAUCGUUGAGGAACUCUCAGAUCUGUUGUUGUUUCACGUCUUCGUCUGGGCGCCAAGGGAGGUAAAGCCUAAAACUUACUAUCUUUGUGCCAGUGGAAACCGUGCUUUCCUUGGCUCUUCCAUCUGAAGAGGUUUCCCUCUGCCACUCUGGAGCCACCAAGUACACCUCGCAGCGAAGGAGCCCUUUCCUCAUUGUCUCUUGAAAUCUUCCCCCAAACGGCAUCCUCGCCCUGAGGUCGCCACUCCGUACGAGUGACGUGCCUCCAGCGAGGAGGCUGCGUUUCUGCCUGUGCAAGUGGCCAGCGGCUGCCUCUGGGGUUCGAAUUUCAUGACCAGGAUCAAGUGGAGACUGCUGCCACUCUCCUGUGGGAGACGCUAACUUUUGGUUGGUGACUAGAGCACAGCCACGAGGCUGGAAGUCCCGUCGUGAAUCUGUGCUUGUCUGUGUGUUAGCCUUGCUGGGAAAGCUGAGGUUCUGGACCAGAGCUGGAGGAGAGAGGUCAGCGUAGUCCUCUGUGGAACUGAGACCAAGUUAAACACGUGAGGCGUGGGGACGUGUGUUGGCAGCCUAGAGAACAGGCGAUUCAAACCCGGACCUUGGCCGGAAGGGACAGAAGUAGGGAGACGGGUGCUUAUGGGUCUUGACAAGGCAGGGACAAGGUACUGUGUGAAUAUGGCGCUGAAGUGGCCACUUGUCACUGUAGGAAUGAGGAGCUCACAGAAGAUGUGGCAUUCAGGUGAGGGCUGGCAUCCUGGGUGGGGCUUGGGGGAAGGGAGCACAUCUGCUUGAGGAGGACGUGCGAGCGGGUAGCAGGGCAGACGGCGCUGUACUCGGGCACCCGUGUGCGUGCCGGCGCCUAGACGGGAAGUUUCGGACGUGAACGUUCAGGUGAUCCAGGAGGUCAGGCAGGAAGGGAAAAGGCAGUUUGGCACUCGACCGCCACGGGUUUGGAUUCCACCGGAGCGGAGCAUGUGCACAGCACAUCCGGAAGUGACUGGUGCUCACGCAGGUGAAGGUGGGCUGCCUGGAGGCCUGGAGAGACCUUGGUCACGGAGACCCUCGACCAAGUGAUGUCGGCCACCCGGGUGAACGGUGAUGAGGA